UGACUCUGGACAAGGAUGUGAGUCGUAUGUUGUUGCUAUGUAGAUACUUAAGGAUUCAGAAGUCAUAUUAAAGGAAAUACAUACCUUAAUCAAGAAAUUGUCGCUUCUUAUUUGCUUAUCGCAGUCGUAUCUGCACGGUUUUCAAUGGAUUUUAUCCGACAGUUCGGAAUUGUAGUUGCGGUGCUUUCCAGCACACUUGCAGACAAACCUCAGAUUGACCCGCUGGUAUACGAGGAGCAGUUGUUAUGGGUCGGCGGUGGAGCCGGUGAGGUCAACACUUACAGGAUCCCUCUGCUAACCUUCACGACAUAUGGAAGUCUGCUGGCGUUCUCUGAGGCCAGGAAAAUGUCCUCCGGUGACAUUGGCGCGAAGUUUAUCGCACUGAGACGCUCUAAAGACAAAGGAGCCACCUGGUCUCCCACCUCAUUCAUAGUGGACGAUGGUGCUUUAGCAGAUGGGUUGAAUCUAGGUUCUGUUGUUGUGGAUGAAGAGACCGGCGCUGUGAUACUCAUCUACUCUCUGUGUUUUCACCGUUAUCACUGCGACCCCUCCAGCACCAUGAUGGUGCAGAGUCUAGAUGAUGGAUUUACGUGGAGUGCCCCACGAAACCUCUCCAUUGAGUUGGGGGUGAAGAGUUUUGCUCCAGGGCCUGGCUUUGGAAUACAGAAAAGGUAUCCUCCCAAUGUGGGUCGUCUGGUGGUGUGUGGCCACGGAUCCAUUGCUGGUGAUGGGGUCUUCUGCAUCCUGAGUGAUGAUCAUGGUAAAUCCUGGAGAUAUGGAGCUGCUCUAAAGAGCAUCCCUUACAACCAACCUAAACAAGACCUGGACUUCAACCCAGAUGAGUGUCAGCCAGUGGAACUAGAGGAUGGAAGUAUAGUGAUUAAUGUGCGCAACCAGAACAACUACCACUGCCGCUGUCGAAUAAUAGUGCGAAGUUUGGAUGGAGGAGAGUCUCUGCCCGUGGAGGAGCUGGUAUUUGACAAAACACUAAUCGACCCCGCCGUCGCAGCCGGAGCUCUGCAGAAACAAAGAGUGAUGUACUUCACCAACCCCUCCAACACCCAGCACAGGGUCAAUCUAACUCUUCGCUGGUCCUUCACUGAUGGGAAGUCGUGGGAAAAGGAGGCUAUCCAGAUCUGGGCGGGGCCAAGCGGUUAUUCGUCUAUGACAUCACUCAAAGGAGAUUCUCCUGAGGACAGCAAAUACAUCUUCGUCAUUUACGAAAAAGGCCAUAAAGAUUACUGGGAGACCAUUUCUUUUGCCAAAAUCCAUCUGUAUGGAGGGAAAUAACAUACAGGUGGAAAAGCCAAGAAAAAGGGAUACUUAGGACUUUUAAAAUUAACUUGGAGAAAACCAAGGUAUUAGCCUGAUGCAAAAUCAUUUUUACACAUCUUUACAUUAAAUCUGGUCUUUACUACGAACUGUUUUUAUAUGAAUUUCACUCCAGAAAAAAUGAAGUCAUCCUGCUUCAGUUUGAUCUAUACAGCAUUAUAAUAUAAAAACAAAUAUGAUUGUACUCACUGGUUUUUACCUGUCAAUGCACAAACAAAACCUUAUAGGACAUAAGUGUCUUGAAGUUCUCAUCAUUUCUUUGUGCAGUUGGUGAGCUGCACAUGGGUUGCACAUUUGUUCAUAGGACUAUUGGAUGGUUUUUAAUUGCUCAGGCACUGUUUGUCUGUUUAUAAUGAUGUAACAUAAGUGAAUCUUCAUGAAGCUAGAACGUUAUAAAAUGGUUGCUUUCUACUGUAUAACAGUGAUUGAUUUGUAAGUCUUGAAUACAGGUCAUUUCAUUUUAAUUACCUGAAGGUGUUUCUCCAAUCCCUGCUAUUGCUUAAAUUAAUGAAAGCCUCUAAAAUAACUCGCAUAAACUGGAAGACACAAGGGUUUGAGACACUAUAGACCCUCAAAGCAAGCAGUGUUUGUUAUCCAUAUUAUACAGCUGUGAAGUCAGAGAGCCACAUUUUAUAUAUUGAACUUUAUCAUUCAUGUGCUUCAGGUUAUGUGGUUUUGUUUACCCAGUCUGGCCUUUUUGUGGUCAUAGAUUUUAGAUGCCAAACAAUUAUUUUGAUAACAUCCUACUGUAAGUGACUUUUAAAUGGUACAUGCAAGUUUGUAUUGAAAGUUAUUUGAAAGGCUUUCACUGUAUUAAAUUUCAUUUUAACACAUUUGACUUUUCACUCAAUUUGCUGGAUUACACAGGGACACAUUUUAUUGUUCAAUAAAUUUUAUAUUUUGAU